AUGGAAGGCAGUGAAGUUUCUCGAUGGCUUUCGUCUAUUUCAUGUGGGUUAGAUUUUACACACUUGGCUAACGAUUUUGAAGAAAGGGGUUUCACUACAAAGCUGUCUUUGAAGUACGUUGAAAGCUCCGAUUUGGACGUAUUCUUUCCUUCGCCCAGAAAACUUUCGUACGCCCAGAAAAAGAUUCUUUUGACGGAGAUUCAAAAGCUCCCUGCAAAAAGUGCCGUUCAAGCACAGGACACAUCUGCCACAACCAGCAUAAUGUUAGACGCAGACCAGUUACCAGAAAAAUACGUAAACGUAGAAGUAGUGAACGUUCGGGAAACCAAGCAGACGACGGCGAACCUCGUCGAAACUCCUGCUUCGUCAGGCUCAUUUCAGACUCUGUGGCUCCCUGCAAAAUGUUCCGUUCAAGCACAGGACACAUCUGUAACAACCAGCAUACUGUUAGAUGCAGACCAGUUACCGGAAAAGUACGUAAACGUGGACUCGAACGUAGAAAUAUUGAACGUUUGGGAAACCAAUCAGACGACGGCGACACCUGCUUCGUCAGGCUCAUUUCAGACUCUGGGUGACGACAAAUCCAGUCAAAUGCCGACAGGUUUCCUUGCCAAUAAAGAAGAAAGUAUUACAGGAGAUGUUCAGUUUCUUCAAUCGCAAAUCAUGAGCGCUAAAGAACAAUAUACGCGACUGGAACAGCAAGCGGAUAAGUAUGAUCAAAUAGCGACAAAACGUGCAAAGGUAUGUUCCAACUGCCACUUACCUGGGCAUAAUAAAGGAAAGUGUAACAACCAAAUAUGUUAUGGUAUUGAGAAUUGUAAUCUUCGAAGUAAACAUCCAGAAAUGAAAACUGCCAUGACAGAGCUUCAACGCCUAAUAAAGAGCCUAGAAAAGAAGGCUGAGAAAUCCAGAAACGAAUUUUUGGCAUUCAAAGCUGCACGCGAAAAGGCAUGCAAUAGCUUUUUUGCAAUAAUGAGGCCUCGACUGAAAAAACAGAACGCUAUGAAAUAUGCCGGAACUGACCGAAUAUUACUCGAUCGGGAUCUGAUGACUCUAAAAAAAGCGUUGAACAACAAAGUUCCAGUGGAUGAAUCUGACGACUGGAGAUUACCAAUGAUUAUUGAACAGUUCAAAAUGAAUAUGGUAACGUUUCAGGAAAGUAUGAGCGAUAUGUUCAUGAAACCCAGUUCAAGCAAUAUGUACAGAAGACUCGAUUUUCUGUAG